CUACUCAUUUCAGUGUAUCCCGACCGAUUGAACGUGUCGGAACGUCGCGAGCCAGCGCUUCACGAAAUUACGAUUGAUAUAAAGACCUUGUGUUGUGUAAAAUAUUAAUUUGACUGUGCUGUGUGAGUUUUUGUGUGAAAAACCGUGAAUACAGUGAGGAUUUGUGGUGUUAUCUCAUUUCCAACUGAACAACUUGAGCCCGAGGGAGUGAUUUCAGAAAUGUAUUGCAACAAAUGUACUAAAUGUGCACGUGAUCUAAGAAAUUAAUGAAAACGAAAACGAAAAUGGCAUUAUAAGUGUUUCAAUGAAAUCGAUUCAAGAUAUAUCACACAAAUAAUAAAGAAAUGGGGCCACAAAGGUGAUAUUUGCAGAAAAUGGCCUACAAUAGACUACCGCUACACCUCUGCAACUCGAUAAAACAGUACUGGUUGAAUGAGAAUAAUUUAAACAAUAGAAGUAUAUUAAUUUUAUUUGAAAAAACUAGAUGGAAGAAGCAUUUAAAUACUAUAGAACGAAUCAAAUUAAUUUUACUACUGAUAUUAUUAUUAAGUCAGAGUUCUGACGGGAAUAACUUUGGUAGUGGUAGAAAUUCUAUGUUGAGGACAAGGAUUAUAGGUACAAGAUACGGUAAAUUACAAGGGGUAAUAUUACCAAUGGAUCAGCAUAAAUACCUAAAACCUGUGGAAGCUUAUCUAGGUGUACCAUAUGCGACACCACCUACUGGAUCAAACAGGUUUGCCCCAACCCGUGCCCCUGCGCCUUGGGACGACGUGAAAACUGUCGAUCAGAUGGGUCCAGUCUGUCCCCAGAGGUUGCCAGAUGUCUCCAACGAAACCUUAGCUCUGGAGAGGAUGCCUAAAGGCAGGUUGGAAUAUUUGAGGAGAUUACUACCGCGACUGAAGAAUCAAAGCGAAGACUGUCUGUAUAUGAAUAUAUAUACACCAGUACAAGUGGGGCCAACAUUGCAGGCCAAAUACCCAGUCGUCAUCUUCAUCCAUGGUGAAUCUUUUGAGUGGAACUCUGGCAACGUUUACGAUGGCUCUGUACUAGCAAGCUAUGCUGGUGUAGUCGCCAUCACUAUCAACUACAGGUUGGGUAUCUUGGGAUUUCUGAACGCAAACCCAAUACCUCACCUAAAAGCUCGGGUAGCAAACUACGGGCUGAUGGAUCAGAUAGCAGCCCUGCAUUGGGUGCAACAGAACAUUGCACUGUUUGGAGGAGACGGGGGAAACGUCACCAUGUUAGGACAUGGCUCAGGUGCGGCGUGUAUCAACUUCCUUAUGAUCUCGCCCACUGUUAUGCCUGGCCUCUUUCAUCGAGCAAUCCUCUUGUCGGGAUCAGCGUUGAGUUCCUGGGCGCUAGUCGAAGAUCCUGUCAGUUUUUCCGUCCAACUUGCCAAGCAAGCGAACUGUACUUUACCAGAGGACAUUGUCAAAGAUCAUGAACUCAUUGUUGAUUGCUUACGAGAAGUACCAUUAGAAGAACUCAUGUCAGCAGAAAUAAGUACCCCCAGUUACCUAACUGCAUUUGGGCCUUCUGUAGAUGGCGUUGUAGUGAAAACUGACUACGCGAAAGAAUUACUAACUUUCUUUAUUCCUAACGAUCUUCAAGGCUUCACUAGUGUAUCUGGGGUCAAUAAUUUCAAAGCUGAUAAGAGAAGUGGAGACAGGAUAUUUGGGAUUCGAGGGGGUCAAAACAAAUACGACCUACUGUUUGGAGUGGUUACUAGUGAAGCCCUUUGGAAAUUCUCCGCCCAGGACAUACAGAAUGGUUUUGAGGGUGAACGAAGGGAUAGAAUAAUAAGAACCUAUGUUAGAAACGCAUAUACAUAUCAUUUGAGUGAAAUAUUCUUUACAAUAGUCAACGAGUAUACAGAUUGGGAGAGAACUGUUCAACACCCAAUUAAUACAAGAGACGCAGCGGUGCUGGCUAUAUCGGAUGCACAGUACGUUGCACCAUUAGUCCAGACUGGGGAUUUUCUAAGUGUGGCCAAAAGUUCUCCGGACUCUGGACCUAAUACAUUCUUCUAUGUGUUCGACUAUCAGACUAAGGAUGGAGACUAUCCACAGCGCAUGGGAUCGGUUCAUGGCGAAGAGUUGCCUUAUCUGUUCGGAGCGCCAUUGGUUGAAGGCCUUGGACAUUUCCCGAAAAACUAUACCAAAUCUGAAGUGGCACUGUCUGAAGCAUUUAUUUUAUACAUGGCUAACUUUAUAAGGACAGGGAACCCCAACGAAGCCCAGCGGCAGGAGGGCGUACUACCAAUAUCAAGAGAAAGGAAUCGAUACAAAAGCAUCGUUUGGGACGAAUACGAUACAUUACAUCAGAAAUAUCUGGAAAUAGGCAUGAAGCCGAGGAUGAAAAACCAUUAUAGGGCCCAUCAGCUGUCCGUGUGGUUGCGGUUGAUCCCCGAAAUCCAUAGGGCCGGAAUGAAGGACGUGGUUGCGAAACACAACCUUUUUCGCAACCACAACGACCCUGAACUAUACGACGGGUUAGUGCGCCCCGACCCACUGACUAGAGCAAACUAUUACGACCCCACCUUGGAGCUUUACCGCAAACCUAUUUACAACGUCACUCUUGACACACCGUCUACGACUAUGGACACUUACGUCACCACCUGUAUAAGCGUUAUGUCUGCUAGACCAGGCUCGGCUGUAACGCAAAUCCAGACUCCUAAUAAUACGCAACAAGACGUCUCCAACUUAGAAGUAGCGGGAUAUACAGCGUAUUCAACCGCGUUGAGCGUCACUAUUGCUAUCGGAUGCUCUCUACUGAUUCUGAAUGUUUUGAUCUUUGCUGGCGUUUAUUAUCAAAGAGAUAAAACUAGAUUGCAAGUGAAAGCGUUACAGCAACAGCAAAAGAGGAAUCACAAUUCGACUUUCGAUAGCGUAUCUUCGAAACAUCCACAUUACUUCGUGGGUCACUCGCAAAGUUCGAGUACGAUUGUUGACAUAGAUCAUCAAGAUAAGAAUGCCAUAAUAGCUAUGACGAAUAGAGUCCCACAUUUUACUAACGCGAACUGCCCGAACGUGUGCCAUACAGGGAUUCAAAUGUCGAAUCUGUCCCAAAAACCAAGUCCCCCAUCGAACAGAGGUCAAUGUACGACGUUGCCAAGAAAAGUGGGGUUUAGUUAUCAGCAGCAGAAUCAAAUUUGCAACACGUCGAAUUGUAUGACGCUUCCGAAAAAUGCUACAUUUAUGAGUAGUGCCAGUAACUUGCCUGAUGUCCAGGCGCAGACUGUGCAGUCCCAAGGUCCUGGGAACGGAUCAGUGCUUCCUCCCCCCUCUUCACCGCCGCCCUCUCAGAAUUUCACCCAAAAAUCAAGAGUGCCACAGGCGGCAAUGUCCGAAAUGAACGUAUGAGAAAUGGAAGAUAUUUACAAUUAUGUGUAAAGUGUUACUGUGAUGUGGACACAAGUGUAACUACUAGACAAAACAUGGUUGUAAAUAUCGAAAUGUGAACAAAUGUACAUAAUGAUUAUGUUAAAGUAUUUAAUACAGGUAACAUUUUAAAAUUAUUAGAUGUAUUAUAGCGCGUAUCCAGUAUUCUUAUGGUAAGAUAUACUGAUCUAUUGGAUUAUGUAAAAUGUAUAAUGUAGUUAACAAAAUUCAAAAAAUAUUUAGAACUUUUAGUUGAACUUUUAACGAUGAGUGUAGUUUUGGCCAGGUUUUGUAACUUUUUAAUUUAAUUGUAUAUAUUGUACGCCUGAUGUAAAAAUGUAAUUUCUUUUUUUUUUAAUAAAAUUAAAUUAACCAAGUUCAUAAAAAAUAUUCUUGUUCGCUAGGGCCAUCUUAUAGUCCGUAACACAAUAAUUUAAUUUCCUUUCCUUAUAUAUAGGUCUAUCUCUAUUAUAUAAUAUACUUACUUGAUCAACGUCAUUCGUAUAUAUAUAUAUAUACAUAUAUAUAUAUAC